AAAUCUAGUAAAUAUCCGAUGGCUGGAAGAUUAGCUAAAAAUAAUGAAGGAAGAAUUGAGAUAAAUUGUAAUGGAGAAGGGGUAUUAUUUGUUGAAGCUCAAAGUGAGGAUACUUUCGUUGAUGAUUUUGGUGAUUUUGUUCCAAGUUCGGAGAUGAAGAAUAAACUCAUUCCUAAUGUUGAUACUUGUGGUGAUAUCUCUUCUUUUCCACUUGUCAUCUUUCAGGUUACUCUUUUCAAGUGUGGUGGAGUCUCUUUAGGAUGUGGCCUUUUCCACGCAUUAUCAGAUGGCGUUUCAUCCAUUCAUUUCAUCAACACGUGGUCGGAUAUUGCACGUGGCCUCUCCGUUGCCAUCCCGCCGUUCAUCCAUCGGUCCCUCCUCGGUGCCCGGGACCCACCGACACCCGCCUUUGAACAUGUCGAGUAUCACCCUCCACCAACCCUGAAGAACGUCCAUGGUGAAGUUAGCGUACCAAAGUCCAGUACAACGAGCAUGUUUAAGAUCACAAGAGACCAACUUACCCUACUCAGGACCAGGUCCGAGCAUGAGGGUAGUACUUACGAAGUCCUCGCGGCUCACAUUUGGCGUUGCACGUGCAAGGCACGUGGCAUAGACGAUGACCAAUUGACAAAGUUACAUGUUGCUACAAAUGGUAGGACAAGACUUUUUCCUCCUUUACCACAAGGUUACUUAGGAAAUGUUGUUUUCACAGCUACACCAAUUGCUAAAUCUAGUGAACUUCAAUCAGAGCCAUUGACGAAAACUGCACGAAGAAUUCAUGAUACGUUAGCAAGAAUGAACGAUAAAUAUUUAAGAUCGGCGAUAGAUUAUCUCGAAUUAAUGACAGAUUUAUCGAAAUUAAUCCGAGGGCCGACGUAUUUUGCUAGUCCUAAUCUUAAUAUUAAUAGUUGGACUAAGUUGCCUGUUCAUGAUUCAGAUUUUGGAUGGGGAAAACCAAUUCAUAUGGGACCUGCUUGUAUUUUGUAUGAAGGGAUAGUGUAUAUAUUGCCAAGUCCAAAUGAUGACAAGAAUUUGAGAUUGGCUGUGUGUUUAGAUGCUGAUCAUAUGCCACUUUUUGAAAAAUACUUGUAUGAAAUUUGAGAGACAACCUUUGCAAAUAUUUCCAAGAGAAUGGGACAUGAAUUGAUGAUCUUUGUAUCGUUCCAAUUUUAUCGAUGUCCCUGAGGGAACGGGUCAUGAUUGUCUCCAGGUGGUUGAGUUGUGGUUGGAUUAGAUAUGUUUAACUUUUUAUUUGUUAAUUGUGGGUUAAGUUGUCGGUUUUUUCAAAUUCAUUCUCAUGAAUUGAUGAUCUUUGUAUCGUUCCAAUUUUAUCAAAUGUCCCCGAAGGAUCAGUCAUGAUUAUCUCUACUUGUGCUUGAGUUUUGGUGUGGUUGGAUGAUAUAUGCAUAACUUUGUUUUUUUUUUUUUUUUUUGUGUGUGUGUGUGUGUGUGUGGGGUCGGUGAAGUAAAAGUGUUUUCUUUAAUUAAGGUGGUAUCCGAACUAGCUUUGCGCACCUCGACUAAUUCCAUCAGUUACCUGGAACCUCGAAUAAGAGAGGCAACGAACGAAAAAUAUUGAUAAAGUAUUCUUGUUUCUUGCCUUUGUUUUCUUCUUAUUAUGCUUGACCGCUUACCAAAGAUGCUAAGGAUCGUCUUACUACUACUUUGUCUGCAAAUGAAGUUCAAAAAGACUGCAAAAGAUCCAAAUUUGUACAAUGUGCUAUAUCUGUCUUGUGUGAACUCUUCAUGUAUAAGACACUUGAGUGAAUAUUCUAUAUGGAAAUACUUGUCUAUAGGAAUGAGUAUGAGUUGGUGUUGCUCUAAUUAGUUCACUGAAUAUAUUUUGAAAUCUGAAGAGCCUUUCAGUUCC